GCCCCGCCUGGUGCCAGCCCCCUCACCAGCGGGGGGACUGCGCCUGGAAGCUGUAAUGGAGGCCCUGCAGAGGCAGCAGGCAGCCCGCCUGGCCCAAGGGGUGGGGCCAUUGGCCCCCCCACGCUCACUGCCACCACCACUACCUCCUUUGCCUGGCCCCCGGUCCCUGCAGGCCCCUGAGGGGGCCUUGGGGGAGGUUGGGACUGAAGAAGAGGAGGAUGCUGAAGAGGAUGAGGAAGGGGAGGAAGCCGGGGCAGAGGAGGAGGCAGCCGAGGAGAGCCGUCCAGGGACACGGGGCCCCAGCUCACCUUCCAGCCAACCCCCUGGACCUCAUCCCCAUGAAUGGACCUACGAGGAACAGUUCAAGCAGCUGUACGAGCUUGAUGCAGACCCCAAGAGGAAGGAAUUUCUGGAUGACCUGUUUAGCUUCAUGCAGAAGAGGGGGACGCCAGUGAACCGUGUGCCCAUCAUGGCAAAACAGGUGCUGGACCUGUACGCGCUCUUCCGUCUGGUGACAGCCAAAGGCGGCCUGGUGGAAGUCAUCAACCGCAAGGUGUGGCGGGAGGUCACGCGCGGCCUCAGCCUGCCCACCACCAUCACGUCGGCAGCCUUCACUCUACGCACCCAGUACAUGAAGUACCUGUACCCCUACGAGUGCGAGACGCGGGCGCUUAGCUCCCCGGGGGAGCUCCAGGCAGCCAUCGACAGCAACCGACGCGAGGGCCGUCGUCAAGCUUAUACCGCCGCUCCGCUCUACGGCUUAGCUGGGCCUACCCCUCGGGGAACCCCGGGCCACCUCUCGGGUCCCGGUGCAGCCCAGCUGACGCCUACGCCCAGCCCCGGUACAGCCCAGGGCUCCGCCUCAGGCCUGCCGGCCCACGCCUGCGCGCAGCUGAGCCCGAGCCCCAUUAAGAAAGAGGAAAGCGGAAUUCCAACCCCUCGACUGGCACUGCCUGUGGGCCUGGCUUUGGGAACUGCAAGGGAGAAGUUGGCACCAGAGGAGCCACCAGAGAAGAGGGCUGUGCUGAUGGGGCACAUGGACCCACCUCGACCUGGAGUUCCCCCCAGUUUCCUGCCCCGUGGCAAGGUUCCCCUAAGGGAAGAGCGGCUGGAUGGGCCUCUCAAUCUGGCAGGCAGUGGUAUCAGCAGUAUCAACAUGGCACUAGAGAUCAACGGGGUGGUCUACACUGGUGUCCUCUUUGCCCGUCGCCAGCCUGUGCCAGCUUCCCAGGGUCCAACCAACCCUGCACCUCUUCUCCCUACAGGACCCCCUUCCAGCACCUCACCAUGAGAACUCCCACUUGGAAUUAAGAGUCCCAGCUCCAAUGCUGAGGGGAGGGGAGGAGACAUCCCCCACACCUUGAUUCUUUCAGGGUGCCCACUCUAGGACCCAGCCCUGGGAUAUGCCCCCCGCCCCCGCAAGAUGCCAUGUGGGAUUGAAGCCAAAGAGUUUUCUUUCAGUGUUACAUCUACCUCAUUGUAAAGGGAGAGCAUCUCCUCCCUGCCUGCCUCAGCAGCAUCAGCAUCUACCAAAGAGUUCUGCCCCCAGUAACCCCAAUCAUCUCCUCAUGUGCUUCCCUGUAUCAAUGUCAUCUCUAGGACCCCACCUCUUCAAAUCAUACCUGCUUCUCUUCAGAAGCCAUGUGAAGGGUUAGGUUGGGGUGUUGUGAAGGAGUCGUCCCUCAGGUCACAUCUGAAUAAUAAAGCUG